UAAAGCUUUGCUUUGCUUUCUUGCUUUUUGUCAUGGCUCGUACGAAGCAGACGGCCCGCAAGUCCACCGGCGGCAAGGCCCCGCGCAAGCAGUUGGCCACCAAGGCUGCCCGCAAGAGCGCGCCGGCCACGGGCGGCGUGAAGAAGCCGCACCGCUACCGGCCCGGCACCGUGGCGCUGCGCGAGAUCCGGCGCUACCAGAAGUCCACGGAGCUGCUGAUCCGCAAGCUGCCGUUCCAGCGCCUGGUGCGCGAGAUCGCGCAGGACUUCAAGACCGACCUGCGCUUCCAGAGCUCGGCCGUCAUGGCGCUGCAGGAGGCCUGUGAGGCCUACCUGGUGGGCCUGUUCGAGGACACCAAUUUCACUUUGCCUGAAGUCAUGUCUGGUCGCGGCAAGGGCGGGAAGGGCCUGGGCAAAGGCGGCGCCAAGCGCCACCGCAAGGUGCUGCGCGACAACAUCCAGGGCAUCACCAAGCCCGCCAUCCGCCGCCUGGCCCGGCGCGGAGGCGUGAAGCGCAUCUCCGGCCUCAUCUACGAGGAGACCCGCGGGGUGCUGAAGGUGUUCCUGGAGAACGUGAUCCGCGACGCCGUCACCUACACGGAGCACGCCAAGCGCAAGACCGUCACCGCCAUGGACGUGGUCUACGCGCUCAAGCGCCAGGGCCGCACGCUCUACGGCUUCGGCGGCUGAGCUGCCCGCUUCCCAGUUCCUCCCCCAAAGGCCCUUCUCAGGGC